AUGUGGGUAUGGGACAGAGAGGAGGAGGAAAGAGAAGAGUAAGGGAAGGAAGUGAAGACUGUUACCCUGGAAACAAUCCCUGACAUGUAGUAACUCUGUUGUUUCUUCCCUCUGUCUAACCUGAUGUUCUCUUCUCUUUCUCUCUCUUUCUCUCUCUGUCGCUCUGUAGUCACGUGGAGAAGAUCACUACGUGGCAUGAUCCUCGUAAGACCAUGACGGCAGCCAUGAAUCAGAUGAGCCUCCACGCCCCCCCACCCACCAUCACCCCACAGCAACGCAACAUGGCCCUGUCCCAGCCCAACCUCGGUUAGUGCCGCACACACACCCUAGGGUUGAAUACUUUCCUGGUAUUUUACAAAUGUUCCAUUCUGAGAGUAAAUCACUUUUCUCCCGGGUAACCUGGUAUUUGCCGCCAAAACCGGAAGUUUCAUUCUAAAGCAUAUAAAUAUGACUGGAUUUGAUUAGAGCUUUGAUCAGCAUGAAAAUUCAAGCCUGAUGCUACUUGAGCCAGAUGAGCCCUACAGAAAAUACAUUUUAUGAGCCCCAAGCCCAAUAAAGCCCAAAUGAUUGUGCCGUUAUCCAAUAGGCCUACUUUUGAUAGGCUAUAAGAACCGCACAUUACACACAACGGACUAACAUAAAAGCUAAUUGAUGUACAGUAUGUAUGCUCUCUUAGGUAAAUAAAUAAAACAACCUCCAGUAAUCUUUUUGAGUGUGGACUGUAUUAUUGUACUGUAUUGUAUUAAACUGUAUUCGGUAAGUAUUCAGACCCCUUUACUUUUUCCACAUUUUGUUAUGUAACAGCCUUAUUCUAAAAUGGAUUAAAUACAUAUUUUUCCUCCUCAAUCUACACACAAUACCCCAAAAUGACAAAGCAAAAACUGGUUUUUAGAAAUGUUUGCACAUUUAUUAAAAAUAAAAAACAUACCUUAGUUGCGUAAGUAUUCAGACCCUGUGCCAUGAGACUCGAAAUUGAGCUCAGGUACAUCCUGUUUCCAUUAGUUAUCCUUGAGGUGUUUCUACAACUUGAUUGGAGUCCACUUGUGGUAAAUUAAAUUGAUUGGACAUGAUUUGAAAAGGCACACACCUGUCUAUAUAAGGUCCCACAGUUGACAGUGCAUGUCAGAUCAAAAACCAAGCCAUGAGGUCGAAGGAAUUGUCCGUAGAGCUCCGAGACAGGAUUGCAUCAAGGCACAGAUCUGGGGAAGGACACCAAAACAUUUCUGCAGCAUUGAAGGUCCCCAAGAACACAUUGGCCUCCAUCAUUCUUAUAUGGAAGAAGUGUGGAACCACCAAGACUCUUCCUAGAGCUGGCUGCCCGGCCAAACUGAGCAAUCGGGGGAGAAGGGCUUUGGUCAGGGAGGUGACCAAGUUCCUCUGUGGAGAUGGGAGAAUCUUCCAGAAGGACAACCAUCUCUGCAGCACUCCACCGGUCAGGCCUUUAUGGUAGAGUGGCCAGACGGAAGCCAGUCCUCAGUAAAAGGCACAUGACAGCCCGCUUGGAGUUUGCUAAAAGGCACCUAGAGACUCUCAGAUCAUGAGAAACAAGAUUAUCUGGUCUGAUGAAACCAAGAUUGAACUAUUUUGCCUGAAUGUCAAGCGUCACGUCUGGAGGAAACCUUCCGUACGGUGAAGCAUGGUGGUGGCAGCAUCAUGCUGUGGAUAUGUUUUUCAGCGGCAGGGACUGGUAGACUAGUCAGGAUCGAGGGAAAGAUGAACGGAGCAAAGUACAGAGAGAUCUUUGAUGAAAACCUGCUCCAGAGUGCUCAGGACCUCAGACUGGGGCGAAGGUUCACCUUCCAACCGGACAACGACACUAAGCACACAGCCAAGACAAUGCAGGAGUGGCUUCGGGUCAAGUCUCUGAAUGUCCUUGAGUGGCCCAGCCAGAGCCUGGACUUGAACCUGAUCAAACAUCUCUGGAGAGACCUGAAAAUAGCUGUGCAGCGACGCUCCCCAUCCAACCUGAUAGAGAUUGAGAGGAUCUGCAGAGAUUAAUUGGAGAAACUCCCCAAAUACAGGUGUUCCAAGCUUGUAGUGUCAUACCCAAGAAGACUCGAGGUUGUAAUCGCUGCCAAAGGUGCUUCAACAAAGUACUCAGUGAAGGGUCUGAAUACUUAUGGAAAUUUCAUAUUUCAGCUUUUUAUAUUUAUUAACUUUGCAAAAAUUUAUAAAAAACGUUUUUUGCUGUGUCAUUAUGGGGUGUUGUGUGUAGAUUGAUGAGGAAAAAAAAGCAAUUUAAUCAAUUUUAGAAUAAGGCUGUUACAUAACAAAAUGUGGAAAAGGUCAAGGGGUCUGAAUACGAAUGCAGUAUAUAUGGAUGGAAUUAUGCACCUCAUUCAAACCAUGAAGCUGGGAGAGAACAUGCAAUGCUGGUGAAGGACAUGCGGCCUACAAAGUUACAAUUAUAGGCUAGCGAAUUAGUGUAAUUCUGAAAUAUAAUAGGCCUAUUUAAAAACAUUAUAAUUAGUAGGGUGAUGCAUUAGCCUACCUUUUCAUAAUAUUUCCACUAAUGUUGUGCGACGUGCGUUCAAUGACAUGCUUGAAUAAUAUAGGACUAAAAUAAGAUGCAGACGGCUUUCGCUUUUCUUCACGAAGAUUGAAUGUUUAUGGGUCUGAAUAAAUAACUGCUAUAGCAGCCAAACUUAACUGGCAGACCGCGGUCCGGGUCCGUACCCAGGGAAGGGUCAAUCCGGACCGGACAACAUAGCAUUUUGUUAUAUAAAAGUCAAUCAAUUAUUUUUAGACACCUUUUAAAAAAUAAACAGGGCGCAGCGGCCUCUUUUAACUCAGCAACCUCUCUUUUUCGCUCUCUCUUGAAGCAACGCCCACCUCUACUAGUGCCCCGUCUAAUCCAAUCACGUGGUUAUAUGCAAAUACAAGAGGCCGCGUCUUACCCAAUCACAUCAAUCCAAAUAUCCUCUGCGGAACCUUGGGACAAGCAGGCAGAAAGAAACAGAAAUAUUUGACCGCGGUUCAACUGUCAAUAUCACACACAGAAGGAGCUUAGUUACCAGUAUCUUUGUUAAUAUAGCUUGUAAAAAAAUAAGAGUUGACUCUGAAAACCGUAUAUUCAAAGACGAGUGGACGGAACAGUAUUUAUUAAUUCUCCCCGCAACUAGCACAAAACCAAUGUGCCUGAUAUGCAGCAAGUCCGUAGCUCUCGUGAAAAGUGCCAAUGUUAAGCGCAUUAUGACCCCAGACAUAGUAAAUUCGAUCAGACGUAUCCCCUGAACACGAGGUGAGAACAAACAAGAUUAACCAACUCAAAUCCCAAUAUGAGAGGUCCACCAAAGUCCUUGUCAAUUCCCUGAUAGCCCAACAACGUGCAAUGGAGUGUUCACUGAGGAUAGCUUGGGUUUUGGUCAAACACACAAAAGAAAGUCUGACGUUGAGAGGGAUGCAUGUGUGAAGUUGCUGACACCUUCCUUGAAGGUAAACAAAAAGAUGAGCUCAGGGAAAAUAUCAAACAGAUCCCACUGUCAUAUUCCACAGCAAAGAGGAGAACUUAAAUAUUAGCUGAAGAUUUAACUUCACAACUUGAUGAGGCCAUUCAGAAUGCACCAUGCAUUUCAUUAGCUGUGGAUGAAUCAACAGAUAACACUGAUAAUGCCCAGCUUCUGUUGUUUGUCAGAUUUUAUAGCGAAACAAAAAAGGAAUUGUGUGGAGCUGUUGGGCUUAACAAAUCUAGAAGCACACACACUGGGAGAGCAUAUCCAUGAGACCAUCAAAGGAAUGCUGAAAAAAGGGGAUAGAUCUGAAGUCAGUGGUCUCCAGCACCACAGAUGGAGUUCCAGCCAUGAUAGGAAGAGGGAGGGGACUGGUUGUACGUUUGAAAGAGGACCACCCUGACCUGACAUCAUAUCACUGCAUCAUCCAUCAAUCUGUCCUGUGUGCUAGUCUGGGAAAAUAGUAUUCUGAGGUCAUGACAACGAUGAUGAAACUGAUCAACUUUUUGAGAGCAACAUCAUCCCUAGAACACCGCCUGCUACGAGGCAUUCUGACAGGGGCCAAUGCCAGUUUUGAUGACUUACUACUGCACAACAAUGUCAGAUGGUUCAGCAAAGGCAGGGUUUUGGAAUGCUUUCGGGCCAUUCAGGAGGAAAUCAAAGCUUUCUUAUCACAGCAAAAGAGAUGAGGAGAAGAUGAAAACAGUUGCAUUUACAUCACACCUUAAUCAACUGAAUGUUAAGCUGCAGGGACGGGUCAGCACAGUGUGUGAUACGAUAACAGCAGCCCGGGCUUUCCAGACGAAAUUUGAGCUUUUCAAGAAUGAUCUCCAGGGAGAACUUGUCCACUUCCCCCAAUUAUCUGGUGCAAACGCAGGGAGACAAAGAUGUUCCCAACCAUGUUGAUUUCAUCCAGAAGCUGAUGGAGAACUUCCAGGCUUGUUUUGAUGACUUCACUGUUGGAAGAGAACUGCUGCUGCUCAACCAGAACCCCUUCUUUGUCACAAAUGUGACCAAGUUGUCAGAAGAAGCAAAACAGAUCUUCAGAUGGGUAGAUGUUUCAUCACUGAAAUGGAGUUGAUUGAGCUGCAAGAAAAUGUGUCUCUUGAAAGAGCAGGCUGGUGAUUGUGACCCUGUCACUUUCUGGGGAAAGAUGGUGCCUGCAGCUGAUGUCCAUGUUUUCAAGAGACUAGCACUAUACAUCCUGACCAUGUUUGCCUCCACAUACAGCUGUGAAUCUGCCUACUCCACAGUGAACUUUAAUAAAAACAAAUACCGCACCAGGCUCACCAAUGAACACCUGCACCAGUGUCUCAGAGUUGCUAUUUGUGCCAAAGUUCAAAGCAUUGGCAGGAGACAAAGUGUAAUUUCUCUCAUUGAUGCAAGGGCAAGGCCCAGAGUGACUUGUGCAUAAAUAUUGCAUGGCCCACAGUGACGUUCUGUGCAUUCAGAUUAAUAUUUUUGUUCAACUCUCCUUUGUUCUCCAGAAAACAUGCACUUUAUUUCAUAAUAAUAAUUAAAAAAAGUUAAUUCAAGGCCCAUGUACAAUGGUUCAGAGUGCACUUUUUUCAUAGACAAUUAUGCAGCCACUUUUGUUCUUCAGCAAGGUUGAUGCAAUGUUGCACGUUUACAUUCGAAAUAAGUUGUAAUUCAUUCAAAUAGUAAGUCUCAUGGUCCUCUGUAGCUCAGCUGGUAGAGCACGGCACUUGUAACGCCAAGGUAGUGGGUUCGAUCCCCGGGACCACCCAUACACAAAAAAAAAAAUAUGUAUGCACGCAUGACUGUAAGUCGCUUUGGAUAAAAGCGUCUGCUAAAUGGCAUAUUAUUAUUAUUAUUAUUAUUAUUAUUAUUAUUAUUAUUAUUAUUAUAAUGUAUUUAAUGUACAUUUUAUAUAACAACAUGUCUCCUAAGUCGUAGAUGACUAUGUUUGUUACUACGCUGUACCACAGCGCCGAUAAAGGGCGAUAUCCAUCCAGACCUUUGCCACCUAGGGAAUUUGUGUCACUGGACCUUCUCAAAUAGUAGUUGAGUACCACUGUGCUAUAGCCUAUCGCCAUCAUACGUCCUCUCCUUUCCCUGUGGGUUCUUUAGGCUGCUGUAUUUAACAUUCAGCAAACAAGAGCAAGCUUGCAUCCCUCUUUAUCAGUAUAAGAAAUGCAUAAAAAGUCCAUUAAGCUAUUCUAGUCUAGCUUUUCCUGGGACUCCAGUAGAGCAAAGGGAGAGAGGCCAGCGGAGAGCAUGUGUGUAUUGCUUAAGAGUGAAGACAGAGACUAUAAAUUCGAAGCUUAUGCAUCCUUAAUCGAUUGACACACCUGUGCAUCAAUCUAAUUAAAAUAAUAAUAGAAAAUUCCCUACAGAAUCUGCCUGUUUUAAGCUAGAUAUGUUUUUUGGGUCUGGACUGCGUCUCAAUCCACCGCAUCCGCCUAUGUCAGCCUUCCGCAUCUGCGGUGGAACGUGGCAGAGCUACGGCACUGUUUGUUAGAUCAUCCCGAAAACGAAUAUGAUCACUCUAUGGAAAGAUGAGACUCUCACGAACACAAUGGUUUUGCUCUACGACCCCCACAAGCUCCAGGGGACUCGUCUGAAGUCGAUACCGUCAAUGUGCCAACUUCUUUCUGUAAUGUCCAAACUGUUUGGGCUAUGAACUCUCACGAACACGAUCAUUUUGCUCUACGACCCCCCCCGACAAGUGUCAGGGGCCUCGUCUGAAGGUAACCCGGUACCUGUGUAAAAAAAUGAUUGCAACUAGUUUUGUGUCCCCAAAAAUAUAUUUCCUGAGCUUUCUUAUAUCUCAUAGAUAUAGGACAGACACUUCAAAACCUUUAUUUCUUAUUAGUUAUUUUUUGACUGUCUGUUUUGCCAUUUAUGAAUGUGUUAUUCAAUGUGUUUCUAUGGGCUAUAGUAGUAAAGGCCAAAUUCAAUAUUUUAUCAAAUCAUAAAAAAAAAAAAAAUGUAUACCUACAGGAGUCUUAAAAUAUGUUAGCUUAGUAGAACCCACCCCCAUAAUUAAUUAGCUAAACAUAAGGGCUAAUGCUGCAUUUAAUUUAUUACCUUAAAGAGCUAGGCUAGGAUAUACAGGUAAAAGUCAGUAAAUUAGAAUAUUUUGAAAAACUUGAUUUAUUUCAGUAAUUGCAUUCAAAAGGUGUAACUUGUACAUUAUAUUUAUUCAUUGCACACAGACUGAUGCAUUCAAAUGUUUAUUUCAUUUAAUUUUGAUGAUUUGAAGUGGCAACAAAUGAAAAUCCAAAAUUCCGUGUGUCACAAAAUUAGAAUAUUGUGUAAGGGUUACAUUUUGAAGACACCUGGUGCCACAAAAUAAUCAGCUGAUUAACUCAAAACACCUGCAAAGGGCUUUAAAUGGUCUCUCAGUCCAGUUCUGAAGCCUACACAAACAUGGGGAAGACUUCAGAUUUGACAGCUGUCCAAAAGGCGACCAUCGACACAUUGCACAAGGAGGGAAAGACACAAAAGGUUAUUGCAGAAGAGGCUGGCUGUUCUCAGAGCUCUGUGUCCAAACACAUUAAUAGAGAGGCAAAGGGAAGGAAAAACUGUGGUCAGAAAAAGUGUACAAGCGAUAGGGAUCACCGCGCCCUAGUCAAGAUUGUGAAAAAAAAAACAUUCAAAAAUGUGGGGGAGAUUCACAAGGAGUGGACAGCUGCUGGAGUCAGGGCUUCAAGAUCCACCACCAAGAGACGCUUGAAAGACAUGGGUUUCAACUGCCGCAUACCUCGUGUCAAGCCACUGUUGACCAAGAAACAGCGCGAAAAGCGUCUCACCUGGGCUAAGGAAAAAAAGAGCUGGACUGCUGCUGAGUGGUCUAAAGUCAUGUUUUCUGACGAAAGCAAAUUUUGAAUUUCCUUUGGAAAUCGAGGUCCCAGAGUCUGGAGGAAGACAGGAGAGGCACAGGAACCACGUUGCCUGAAGUCUAGUGUAAAGUUUCCACCAUCAGUGAUGGUUUGGGGUGCCAUGUCAUCUGCUGGUGUCGGUCCACUCUGUUUCCUGAGAUCAAGGGUCAACGCAGCCGUCUACCAGCAAGUUUUAGAGCACUUCAUGCUUCCUGCUGCUGACCUGCUCUAUGGAGAUGGAGAUUUCAGGUUCCAACAGGACUUGGCGCCUGCACACAGCGCAAAAUCUACCCGUGCCUGGUUUACGGACCAUGGUAUUUCUGUUCUAAAUUGGCCAGCCAACUCCCCUGACCUUAGCCCCAUAGAAAAUCUGUGGGGUAUUGUGAAAAGGAAGAUGCAGAAUGCCAGACCCAACAACGCAGAAGAGUUGAAGGCCACUAUCAGAGCAACCUGGGCUCUCAUAACACCUGAGCAGUGCCAGAAACUCAUCGACUCCAUGCCACGCCGCAUUAAUGCAGUAAUUGAGGCAAAAGGAGCUCCAACCAAGUAUUGAGUAUUGUACAUGCUCAUAUUUUUCAUUUUCAUACUUUUCAGUUGGCCAACAUUUCUAAAAAAUCCCUUUUUUGUAUUAGCCUUAAGUAAUAUUCUAAUUUUGUGACACACGGAAUUUUGGAUUUUCAUUUGUUGCCACUUCAAAUCAUCAAAAUUAAAUGAAAUAAACAUUUGAAUGCAUCAGUCUGUGUGCAAUGAAUAAAUAUAAUGUACAAGUUACACCUUUUGAAUGCAAUUACUGAAAUAAAUCAAGUUUUUCAAAAUAUUAUAAUUUACUGACUUUUACCUGUAUAUCUACAGUAUAUCUACAUCAAUAUAUAUCAAUAAUUGUAUCUUGAACAGGAUUAUCUAUUUUGGAUGCAAUUUUAAUGGAAUUGAAGGAGAGAGAAAGACUGAGUGCUUGCGUGCGCGCUGAUUUAAAGCAAUGAUAUUCGAGUCCAGCUGCAAUUUAAAAAUCCUUACAAAAAAAAUUAAUAAGGUGACUCCCGAAUGGAGAUGUAAAUGAGACGCGCAUUCAGAUAUAUUCGUUUUAAUAUUACUGUAGCAUACAGUAGGCUAUGCUGCAGCAAAUGUACCGGUCACAAGAAAAAAAAUGACCAGCUGAUGAGAUGAUACAUGCAUUGUGAACUGCGCUCCAUAUGAGAUGCGCUGUCUGUUACCACCCUGAGCGUUGGAUUGAUCAUGCAGAUAGCAGAACAGAGAAGAAGACAAAUGUAACAGUUCCAUUUCACGCAGUUAUUUGUCGCGGGAAACGGCAGUGGGUUUGGGCAGGAUAUCUCGGUAACCCCAUUCACGCUAUUAAACCCUAACACACGCACCCGAGCCAACCACUGUGAGGUAGUAGCCUACCAAAACACACUAAUACCCCACUUCUCCUGACACGCCUAUGUGUUGACGUAUCCGCCACAGACCCUGACCAUUAUCACUCACACCAAUGACAUCUUUCACCCUGGGGACUACCACAAUAACACACACACAGUCCCUUCCACAAUAACACCAAAGCCUGUGAGAAUGUGUGUGAACCAACCAAAUGCCAGGAUCUGUGUUGCCAGAGAGAGGCAUGUUGUGUUGAAGGUGGAGAGAUAAAGAAGCUUUCCCCACCCUCUUGUGCUCCACUUAGUCUGACAGAGCCUGACAGCUCCUUCAUAACACAGAUUAGCAUUGACUGGUUAAUCUCAUUCACGUUAGCAUUAGCCUAGCUAGCGCCUAUAAUAGACCUAGCUAACCCAUCUCACAGCCACUGGACUCAGCCUGCAGAACCUCACCACUGCCUCUUUCAGUACAGUGUGUGUGUAUGUGCGCGCUUUGUUUUGCCAUUUCAGUGAUAAACUGAAGAAAGAGUGAGAACCAAACAAGUGGAAAAGUGAAAGAGCGACCUAGGAAAUUUAGGACAGACAGAAACGGAGAGGCAUCGCGUGUGUGUCUGGCCCAGUGUGUGAGUGUAUGAAUGGAGUUUCUCAUCCUGAAUAGUUGUAUGUACACCGCCCUGCUCGACUUGUUCAAACAUCACUGGGAUGUUUUUCUCCUGUCCAUACUCUCUACCACUGCUCUAUUGGAGUGAUGUCACACACACACAAACUCUCUAAAACCUAUGACUUACAGCUAACUCUGAUGGCUGGUCCUAAAGCACAUCAGAACUAAUCCUGACUGGAGCCUGUGGGCCUAAUUCAAACUUCUGUGCAAAUCUUUCAUGGUUAAAUUGAAUAGUUAAAUUUGGACACAUUUUAUCUCAAAACUGGAUUUGAUCAUUGGUCACUGAUCCACAGGUGCCCCCCCCCCCCCCCCCCCCCCACCCCCCCACUGGCAGACGGCCCAGUCUUUGUUGAAGGGGAAUUCUCUUUUCCUUUGUUGUCCUGAUGGAUGUUUUCCACCUCUUUGUUUCAUUCUUCUCUUCUCCCCUCUCAGAUCGACGCGUUAGCACACUCUGCUUUAGGGUUUUAACUAGAAAUGAAGACUGUAGCUACCUGUAUCUCUCCAGUACCACGUUUGGUGAUCAUGACGACUGUCCCUGUAGUUCUAGAAUAGAUUCAGUGGAAUUUCCCAUCACUCCCAUCCCUUGACCCUGUGCUCUAUCUCCCAUGGCAACCCAGUGUGUGAACUCAGCGGUUUUCAGAUUUAGCUCUAGUCAUGACUAGGCUCAUCUCCACUGUUAGCUAUGUUGACUCAUCAUGACAGUUGUGAGAAAGCUCUCUGCUCCUCUCCAUUCCACUUCAACUCCUUGACUGUAUUCUUAGUCAAAUCACCUGAUGAUACAAAAGGUCAAUAAAAUGUCAGUGACUAAGGAAGAAACAUUGAACAUGUGUCAAACAGUAAUCAGUUAGACCCGUUUCUGCUCCAAAGAAUUCAAAUUCCCAAAAGCUCUAUUGUCCAAGAUGUGAAAUUUGGUCACAAGAAACCUGCAUCAGUCAGGCAUGGUAAAGGUAUUGGCUUGGUAAAGGUAAAGUACUCUGGCUGAUGUGGUGUUGCUGCUGCUUGUGAACAGGAGAGCUGCCUGAUGGCUGGGAGCAGGCUGAAAACCCUAAUGGAGAAACCUACUUCAUUGACCAUAAAACACACAGAACAUCCUGGCUCGACCCACGCGUGGAUGCUCACCUCAGUAAGUACCCUCUGGACCACAAGUGGACCGCAAAUCCCCCAAAUCGCUACCUUGUCAACUUGCACAAACCUCCAACCAAUCAACCCCCUUCAUCCCCAAAAUUACUAGCACUAAACUAAUCAAACCAUGCCCCUUGAUCUCUCAUACUUGCCCCCUUGCCCCCUGUGCCCUCCUGUGACAAAGCUUUGCCUGUGAGAAGCUAGUAGCUAGCAGCUAGAGGAAUGCUUUGCUUGGACAACAGUUGGCUAAAUCUUUCCUGAGAACCCAAUCACAUGCUUGUCUGGAUGCCAAGUCUGAUUCCAAUAGCCAAUGACAGUGCCAAGUCUGAUUUGAUGAAAGCCAAUGAAAAUGAUUGCCUCUCCCUCCCACCAGUGACCAAUGAUUCUCCUGCUUUCUACAUGUGAUUGUGUCACUUCCUGUCCUGACAGUGCUCUCCUAUCCCUGCAUGAUGAUUUAUUUAUUUUGUGUGUAUUUGACGUAUGCAUUUGUGUGCUGGUAUUUCAACUAAAGUCUGUUUAGUUUGUCAGUGUUUUAGUUAGUGAUGUGAGUGAAAUAGUGGGAGGUGACGUAUCUGAGGUGUGUUUAUGCGUGGAUGAGGUGUGUGUAUAAUUUGGUGUGUCGAUGAGGUGUGUGUUGGUGUGUGUCUGGGGAGCAACAGAAGGGUACCCAGUAGCUCUGUGUGCUGGACAACCUCCGCACCAUCAGGUCCCUAGAUAGAUGUGGUAAGACCAAAGAGGCAAAACGGCAGCUUUCUUUGGCAGAGGAGAGAUAAGUGGUGUCAGAUUUUUAAAUGGGAAUUGUUUUCUGCCUGUAGUAUAGACUGGUUUACACUUACAGGAGACUAACAUAUCAACACUAAAUUGCUCUGUUAAAAAUUCCUUUGAUGAAUACGGAAAACAUUAACUUAUAGUCCGCUAUGUCUUCAGUUGGCACUGACCUUAAAAUAAUGCAUUUACUUUUUAGUUUUAGUCUUUCAUUCCCCCAUCCAGCCAGCCGCCCAAACAGGGGUCCUGUUGCACAAGAGGCUGUCCUCAAAGACUGGCUGUGCGUGAGAAAAGUGUGUGAGCGCUGCCGGCCUACCUGGCCCCCGACCACUGUCCACACACACUCGCGAACAUGCACAUAACUCUGUCCUCCUUACAAGUGUCACUUUGCAUAUCCAUUUAUAUGAUAUUAAAUCACUCUGCUGUCUCUUAUCAAAUGUAACACACCCACGAACGCACGCGCACACACACAGGAGAUGGUGGAGGUUUUAAUGAGUUUCUCCCUUUUUCCACUAGUUUUUUAGCUGACGCUGUUUCCUGGAAGUAAACGAAACAAGAAGGCCUUUGUUGGCAGAGCAGCCCCACUCAGUACUUACUGUCUCCCCCCUUUUCUCAGCCUCCCUCUCUCUUCCUUUCAGUUUUUCUCUCAACACCCUUACCUCCUCCCUUUUACUGCUGCUCCAUCUUUGACCCCAACUUCUCUGCUACUCUUUUCUCUCUCUCUCUCUCUCUCUCUCUCUCUCUCUCUCUCUCUCUCUCUCUCUCUCUCUCUCUCUCUCUCUCUCUCUCUCUCUCUCUCUCUCUCUCUCUCUCUCUCUGCUGAUGUCAUGACUGGGAGCUGUGAGGGGGUGUAGUGUGCUGGUUCGUCAUCUUGUUGCUCUAGUCUAUCUGAUCAUGUGUUUUCCAUCAUGGCAAUCGGUCAGUGUGACACCCGGUGCUAGCCUGGAACAGGAGGGAGGAGAGAAGGGUGGGGAGACAGAGUGAUUCAGUCGAGGAGAAGUUAGAGAGGGGGAGGUGAGGGGAGAGAGGUGGAGGAGAAGCGCAAGGGAGAGCAUGGGAGAAGAGGAGGGUAAAACAGGAGAGAGUAGUGGAGUGUUAUUUUACUUAUGGCUGAGGCUGUGUGGAGCUGUGCACAGCCUGCAGUCUGUUUUCUGCAGCCCCAAUAUGCACUCUCUGACAGGGUGUGUCCUGUCCUGCCCUGUAAGCUUGUCCCAGACCCAAACCUAAACAUGCUGCUCUGAGUGUUUCUGUGUGCAAUUGCAUGCAUGGCAUGUGUAUGCGUGUGUGUGUGUCUGUCUGUUUGGCCCCUAUCCAAACCUAGGGACUCCACUCAAGCUAUUUGGUUCUAACAAAACAAGGGCAUAAUGAGAAUAAAUAAAUGUUCCCAUCAUUGUCAUGUACUCUAGCCCAGGCCUCUUAAUAGUUGUAAGCAUAAUCUAUUUAAAAUGUUUGAAUGUCUAAUGGACGGUUUCCUGUCUGCCCCUUGACCAAACAUGAAGACUGUUGCAAUGAAUAGCUUUGGAACCAAAAUGGCCGUGCAUUGAGCCUUUGGGUAUGACAUCAUUGAGUGUAAUAGGACGAUUACGGAUGGUUAUUUUUCAGAAUUGUGAAGUACGUUAAGGGGCUCUGAGGAAAACCUUAUGGUCCACAAAUGUGUUGCUUUAUAGAAAGAACGAUGAAAUCAUACAUUGCAUGACAGCUAGGCCAAAAUCAUUUUUUCUUACAUCAGUCGAGAACUUUCCCCUCACACUUGGUUGUGAUUAGGGAAAGGAGGUUAGGUAAACUACGUAUGUUCCUUCUUUGCUCUUCAUCCAGACUUCAAGUAAACUACAGGUCCAGCUGACAGAUGGGGGGGGGGGAGAGGCACACUGAACUGCCAAGGGUGAAAGGGAAGGAGGGAGGAGGAGGAGAUAAAGAGAGAGGAGGCAAAGGAGAGUGAGAUGGAGGGAAGAGAGAGAAACAGAUGUGCUGAGAGAGAUAGAAGGAAAGAGAUGGGGUGAAGGAGAGAGAGCAGACGGUGUCUGUCCACAGUGAAACCACCAGACUGUCUGCUUUUUGUGCCAUGUGCCUUUUCAGCUCCAAAUCGGGCCUGUACUGCUACAUUUAUGCCAUGUGUGAUUAGUUUACGUGACACACACACACACACACACACAAUGACUUUGUGCUCUGGAGAAUCCAUUAAGAGUUUGAGCAAGUUUUUAUUCAAUACUGUUGAAAAGAACUGUGAAUGAACUGACCAAAGAUGACCUUGGUCAGACAUGAUCACGUUUCUGCCUCUCCUGCCCUGUUCAGACCCAAGGCAGGCUCUGUCCUGUACAGUAACUAAAUACUGUAUGCUUGUUGUGCUUGGAUCACACAUUCCCCCCCCCCCCCCCCCCCCUCCCCCCCUCUCUCUCUCUGUCAGUCUGAUUGUUCAUGUGAGAGUAGGGUGACCGUGUGUCUGUCCUGUCACUGUCCUGGCCUUCAUUAAGCUACACUUCUCUCACUCUGUGUCACUGACCUGGCUGGGAUCACAGAGUCGGACAUAGGGGCUAGCGAUCAGCUAAUUAUUAACGACCACUGGUAACAAAGAAAACCGCUCAUCACUGCUUGAUAAUGAUUCUUCUGUCUUCAAUAGAAUGAGCUGAUGAUUAACUGGCUAAAGUAGUCAAGUCCCCAAAUCAAUGCUCCUUGAUUUUUGUUUUUCUAAAACCAACCUUACAGGCCCCUUUUGGCUGUUGUCUGGAAUAGCCAAGUCUAGAUGCUAUUGCUGGAGGUCUAGUCUGUCAUGGCCAUCUGGUUUCCCUUCGUAAGCACAGGAGCAGUAUUCUAUCCAUAUUACUGGUGUGCUUCAAAGUGGCUGAGGCUCUGUUGACAGUGAGAGCUUGGUCAGGUUGUUUCUCACACAUGUAGUGUUUAUGCCGACUGUUUACAUCUGUGUGUGUUGUGCAUGUAGCCUAUGCGUGGGUGAUCAAUUUCCAGCCUGACUUACUAUCUGGACCGUGUCCCCUUCCCAGAGCAGUGGUGUAAAAAGAGGUGAUGUGGAACUAGUGAAGUGAGCUGAGCUCAAAGUGUUCAGAAUCAGCUGCUGUUCACCUGAUUGACUAGACCUGAGAGAAAUGUCUGCAGUAGUACUGUGUACAUACUAGCACAGUCAUUCUUAUCACAGUACAAUAAGCCUCGAGAUAACUCUCUCUCACCCUUUUUCUCUGUCCUCCACUGUGUUUGUUGUUUCUAGCCUUAAUACCAACCCUCUCCCUCCUCCCUGUCUCUCCCUGCACAGUGAUGUCCCAACACCAUCACCAGCAGCAACUGCAACACACCCAGCAGCAGCAGGCCCAGCAGCCUCAGCAGCCCCAACAGGCCCAGGCCCAAGCCUUGGGCUCACCUGGCUCACUGCCCCAGCAGCAGAGCUCCCAGACUGGGAUGAUGAGCCUGUCCAGUCCCCUGGGUGUGGGGGUCAGUGCCCAGCACCAGCAGAAGAUGAGGCUGCAGCGCAUCCAGCUGGAGAGGGAGAGGAUCCAGAGACGACAGGAGGAGCUCAUGAGACAGGUGAGGCAAUCUAGACCUCAACACCAACCCGCAGCUGCUAAAGUAUGAGCCCGUAUGAGUCCUCUAAGCUCUAAUCAUGAGAGAAAGGCCAUGGUUAAGUAGAUGUGGCCUAGUACAGUAUAAGCAACAGCCCCCUAUUCCUAGUAAGGGGGGGGGGGGGGGGUCAACAGUAGGGUUUCAUCAAUAAAGUCUUUGUUGUCAUUCAACGAGAGACAACUCAUUUUCAUGCACGUUAUUUCAUUGAGAAAGACUGCACCUAAAAUUGCGCGACUAAGAUCUCCUUUCUUGAGUUAUCUUAGAUUCAUUCUGACUAUUUUGAGGAAGUGUAUACUGGCUAUGGCAUCUCAAAAUGGACAAACAGCACUAUUGUUUUUCAAGUAAAGGUAUUUUAAGGGAGUAUGCGAGCACAUUUGUUCGGUAGGCGCCAGCCGAACUGAAGCAUGCUGACGCCUUUAGUGUGUCAGAUGAGCACACCAGUCUAUUUACAAAAUGGCUGUCUUCAACAUCCAGCCAGUGACAGCAUCCAGGAAGUGUUUAUCUUACCCAGAUCUCUUUGGUUCUCAUUCGGCCCACCCUGAGCGCUGAGCAGCACUGGCUGGCCUGGAGUCUGUGGGGUUGGCCAAGGGUAGGGAGAGGGGAGGUGUGUGUGGUGGGUCAAUAAGGCCCAUCCUGUGAAGCCCUGGCUAUGGUCAGUUGGUUUGGCCAGCGGUGGACACUUGGCCUGAGAGGAUGAAAGAGAGGAGUGUGUUUGGGUAUGUGUUAUAGGAGUGUGUGUGGGUUAAGGUGUGUGUGUAUAUAUACACAUCUGAGGUAAAAACAUCUGUGUUUCUCUUCUCGGAUUGCCUAGAUGUUAUGAGUCAGGAAUGUCUUCUUAGCAGUAGAAUCUCUAUUUUCCACUGUCCUCUUCUAGACUCUGCUUUGGUCUGACUGUCUGCAGAUAGAUCCCUAUAGACCUGUGUAUUCCUCCUCUAACCUGUCUGUUCUGUUCACUACCAUACAGUGUGAUGUUCAGUCCAUCCAGCUCCAAUGUCAUACUCACACUUAUAAACUGUUAUAAAGCCGCUAUUCAGCAGCCUGGAAAGCCCCUUCCCUUUAGAUAUACAGCUAUUUUGUUACACACACAGCCAAUCAGAUGAAUGGGAAGCCAUUCAAAGUGAAUUGGAACGGCAAGCUGGUGUUUCUCAGGUGACUGUGCACUGGGAGUUAGUAAUGCCUGAGGCUUGGAGACUGACACCGAUCCAACCCCAGAAACAGUGUCAGGGCAGCGGGACAGGCAAAGGUUAGUCCCCCCUCUCUCCCUUCCUGCUAGUCCCACCAGUGUAGACCUGUCUUUGACACUCAGCCAGUGUGAGUAUGCAACUGUGUGUGUGUUUGGGUAGGGUUACAUGUGCAUCAGAAAGCACACACCUGUUACUUAACCAGUGGCCCAAUUCCUUGAAGACUGUUAAGUGUGUGGGUGUGUGUGUGUCUUCACAUCAGAUAAUUGCUGUGAAGUUCACACACUCACUACUACAGUUGAAGUCGGAAGUUUACAUACACCUUAGUCAAAUACAUUUAAACUCAGUUUUUCACAAUUCCUGACAUUUAAUCCUAGUAAAGAUUCCCUGUCUUAGGUCAGUUAGGAUCACCACUUUAUUUUAAGAAUGUGAAAUGUCAGAAUAAUAGUAGAGAGAAUUAUUUAUUUCAGCUUUUAUUUCUUUCAUCACAUUCCCAGUGGGUCAGAAGUUUACAUACACUCAAUUAGUAUUUGGUAGCAUUGCCUUCAAAUUGUUUAACUUGGGUCAAACGUUUUGGGUAGCCUUCCACAAGCUUCCCACAAUAAGUUGGGUGAAUUUUGGCCCAUUCCUCCUGACAGAGCUGGUGUAACUGAGUCAGGUUUGUAGGCCUCCUUGCUCGCACACGCUUUUUCAGUUCUGCCCACAAAUAUUCUAUAGGAUUGAGGUCAGGGCUUUGUGAUGGCCACUCCAAUACCUUGACUUUGUUGUCCUUAAGCCAUUUUGCCACAACUUUGGAAGUAUGCUUGGGGUCAUUGUCCAUUUGGAAGACCCAUUUGCGACCAAGCUUUAACUUCCUGACUGAUGUCUUGAGAUGUUGCUUCAAUAUAUCCACAUAAUUUUCCUUCCUCAUAAUGCCAUCUAUUUUGUGAAGUGCACCAGUCCCUCCUGCAGCAAAGCACCCCCACAGCAUGAUGCUGCCACCCCCGUGCUUCACGGUUGGGAUGGUGUUCUUCGGCUUGCAAGCGACCACCUUUUUCCUCCAAAUAUAAUGAUGGUCAUUUUAGUCAAACAGUUCUAGUUUCAUCAGACCAAAGGACAUUUCUCCAAAAAGUACGAUCUUUGUCCCCAUGUGCAGUUGCAAACCGUAGUCUGGCUUUUUUAUGGCGGUUUAGGAGCAGUGGCUUCUUCCAUGCUGAGCAGCCUUUCAGGUUAUGUCGAUAUAGGACUCGUUUUACUGUGGAUAUAGCUCCUUUUGUACCUGUUUCCUCCAGCAUCUUCACAAGGUCCUUUGCUGUUGUUCUGGGAUUGAUUUGCACUUUUCGCACCAAAGUACGUUAAUCUCUAGGAGACAGAACGCGUCUCCUCCCUGAGCGGUAUGACUGCUGCGUGGUCCCAUGGUGUUUAUACUUGCGUACUAUUGUUUGUACAGAUGAACGUGGUACCUUCAGGUGUUUGGAAAUUGCUCCCAAGGAUGAACCAGACUUGUGGAGGUCUACAAUUCUUUUUCUGAGGUCUUGGCUGAUUUCAUUUGAUUUUCCCAUGAUGUCAAGCAAAGAGGCACUGAGUUUGAAGGUAGGCCUUGAAAUACAUCCACAGGUACACCUCCAAUGGACUCAAAUGAUGUCAAUUAGCCUAUCUAAAGCUUUUAGCCAUGACAUCAUUUUCUGGAAUUUUCCAAGCUGUUUAAAGGCACAGUCAACUUAGUGUAUGUAAACUUCUGACCCACUGGAAUUGUGAUACAGUGAAUUAUAAGUGAAAUAAUCUGUCAGUAAACAAUUGUUGGAAAAAUUACUUGUGUCAUGCACAAAGUAGAUGUCCUAACCGACUUGCCAAAGCUAUAGUUUGUUAACAAGACAUUUGUGGAGUAGUUGGAAAACGAGUUUUAAUGACUCCAACCUAAGUGUAUGUAAACUUCCGACUUCAACUGUAUAUUAUGCUCUACUGAUGCCUGGGGCCUGGAAAAACACUGCUUGGUUAAUUGUUCUGUAGCAGUUGUAAGAAGCAGAUUCGGGCCCGGUUAUGGAGUCAGCUAAUUUCUCACCUCAAGUGCUGUAGCACAUGAUGUGUUCUUGAUCAAUAAUGAACAUAGUUUCAGUAAUCUUGAAUCUCUCCUCCCCCUCCCCUCUUCUCUCCCUUCUUCUCUUUCCUCCUCCUCUCCUCCCCCUACCCACUGCUGCCUAUUGCUUCCCCCUAGGAGGUGGCGCUGUGUAGACAGCUGCCCAUGGACUCUGAGAGCAUGGCACCAGUGCCCACCCCCGGUGGCAACCCUGCCCAGCCCAUGACACAUGGCAACAUGCCCACCAACGGAUCCGACCCCUUCCUCAACAGGCAAGUGCACUCCUGACUCCUUCCAUAUAUUACUGUCCCUCCUCUCUUUUGCUUCUCUGUUUCUUCUCAUCUGUAUGUCUCUGUCCCCACUCCCUUGCUCUCUCUCCUCUCACUCCCUUCUUUCUCAACACCCCCUCUCCUCUCUGCCUCUCUCCCACUUAUCCCCUGGCUAUCCUCUUCUCCUCUCAGCCUGUGUUCUUUCUGUCUUCUGCUUUCAGCUUUCAAGCUGUAGUGUGUGAUCCAGUUGGUGGACAGAAGGGAUCAGUGUAUUAAUGUGUGUGUAAUGUAUGUGAUCCGCAGUGGUCACUUCCAGCACUCACGGGAGCAGAGCACAGACAGUGGCCUGGGGCUGGGCUGUUACAGCAUCCCCACCACCCCAGAGGACUUCCUCAAUAACAUGGAGGAGAUGGACACAGGUAGGACACCCUCUCUCCCCUUUCUCUAUCUACCUGGUUAUAUGUGACCAUCUCUCUCGCCUUCUCUCUCUCUCCUUCUCUCUCUCUCUCUCUCUCUCCUUCUCUCUCUCGUGCCUUCUCUCUCUCUCCUUCUCUCUCUCUCUCGCCUUCUCUCUCUCGCCUUCUCUCUCUUCUCUCUCUCUCGCCUUCUCUCUCUCUCGCCUUCUCUCUCUCGCGCCUUCUCUCUCUCGCCUUCUCUCUCUCUCGCCUUCUCUCUCUCUCUCGCCUUCUCUCUCUCCUUCUCUCUCUCUCUCUCUCCUCUCUCUCUCUUGCCUUCUCUCUCUCUCGCCUUCUCUCUCUCUCCUCUCUCUCGCCUUCUCUCUCUCUCGCGCCUUCUCUCUCUCGCGCCUUCUCUCUCGCUCUCGCCUUCUCUCCCGCUCUCUCACCUUCUCUCUCUCUCGCUUUCUUUCAAAUUCAAAAAAUGUUUUUACAUGAAAAGUGUUACCACAUACGUUGCCAAAGUAAACAAAUAGACACAUAUCAAAUCAGGUAGCAGUGUCUUCUCUCUCUCUCUCUACCUGAUUAUAUGUGACCAUCGCUCUCUCUCUCCCCCGACUCACCUUCAUCUCCCCUCUCUCCCCAUCCAGGUGAGAGCAUGGCCCAGGCGGGCAGUAUGAACGUGCCCCAGCACAGCCGCUUCCCAGACUUCUUGGACUCUCUGCCAGGCACCAACGUGGACCUGGGAACCCUGGAGGGAGCAGACCUCAUCCCUAUCCUCAACGACGUGGAGUCAGUCCUCAACAAGAGCGAGCCCUUCCUCACUUGGCUGUAA